GUCCUGCCAAUUUAAAGAGACUUCCAACGACACUUGCCAAAUUCAAAGGAUCUCACCAAGUCUCAAAGCUAGCAAGACGCUCGCACAACCUCGACUCUGACCUCGUGUUCUAUCGCUACUGGCUUAUGCAGUCUUUCUUUGACGCUGCUCUUAGUCGCUUCCAAUCUGUCUAUCAACAACCUCUCUGCUUCUCUCCCGUCCAUCACGUUGAUCCCUUCAUUGGCGUAGCUGGUGGAGGGCAUGUCUUCCCCGGCGCUGCUAGCCCCUUUGGCAGUGUCAAAGUUGGUAUCGAUACAACGGAUACAGCUGGUCUCUUGAUUGGCUCGAACAACGCCGGCUGGUCCAUGCCUGAAGCCCACGUCACUGCCAUUUCUUAUCUUCACGUCAGUGGCACGGGUGGAGGCGCCAAGUAUGGCUUCCUCUCUCAAAUUCCAACAGACACGUCCAUCAACUAUGAUUUGCUGAACGGCUAUUCUUCUCAUCGUAGCAGAGAAGUGAGUACGCCUGGCUACUAUGCUUUUCAUCUCGAUGCAUGGGGCGUUGAUGUUGAGCUCACCACAACAACCAUGGUCGGUAUUGCGAAGUAUAACUAUACUGAACUUGCGAAACGUGCAGAUGCUGGUCAAGUCAUACUUGAUCUUGGUCAUGUCCUCGGAUCUGCUCAAACCUAUCGUGGCGGCAGUGUGCAUAUCAAUCCGGGAAGAUCACAAAUUACAGGUCAUGCAACAUACCGAGGUGGAUGGAACAUGGGAGACGACAUGACCGUGUAUUUUUGCUCACAAUUUGACCGCUCUGCAGACGGACAAGGUGAAACACAGGGAAUCCCUGCACCUGCAUUUGGAACGUGGAAGAAUACUGCAACGCAUGCAGGGUAUGAUUUCGAGUCGGAUACUGGUGACUGGGUGGGCGCCUAUCUUGUCUUUGAUAUUUCAAAAGAUCCCAUUGUCAACUCGAAACUUGGCAUCAGCUUUCUGUCGGCCGACAAGGCAUGUGCUCAUAUUGAACAGCAGACCGGUAAGGACUUUGACUUUGAGGCGCAAAGAAAGGCUGCUGCGAGUGUCUGGAACGAGACACUUUCCACCAUUCGUGUCGCCGGACCAGUCUCACCCAACGCAGAGCUUGGGGCUGACGUCUAUAUGCGCAUCUUUUACUCGUCACUGUACCGCAUGCACAUCAUGCCUAGCAAUCGCAAAGGGGAGAAUCCAAAGUGGAACACGUCAAUGCCAGUAUACGAUGAUUUCUAUACAAUUUGGGAUACCUUUCGUUGUAGCUCGCCACUGCUUACACUCAUCCAGCCAGACGUACAAACAGAAAUUUUGCAAUCACUCUUGGAUGUACAACAGCAUGAAGGAUGGACAUUUGAUGGUCGAUCUGCUGGAACAUCUGGCUUGACUCAGGGUGGUUCCAACGCUGAUAUGAUCUUGGUGGACGCUUUUGUCAAGGGUCUAACACUGGACUGGGAUGCUGUCUGGGAUGCACUACUUGCUGAUGCCGAUAACGAACCUCCUUUUGAGGAUGGCCUUCGGAUAGGACGGUCCAAGCUUGAAGCCUAUAAACAGCUUGGCUAUGUGCCACAAGAUCCACAUGCCUGGUGGGAUGGAAGGUCCAUGAGCAAGACAAUGGAGUACGCCGCGAAUGACAGGGUCAUCUCGUUAUUCGCUACAGGCACAGCAAGGGAAGCGGAAGCGCUACGUUUCUUGAAGCGCUCAACCAAUUGGCGAACCCUGUGGCAAGCAGAUCGCGUUCAUGCAAACCAGACUGGAUGGCUCGUGCCCAAGUUUGCGAACGGUACCGCUUACCCUUGGGAUCUUGAUUUGCAUACUGGACGUUGGAAUGAGCCUGUGUAUGAGGGCUCGGCAAUCGAGUACCAGUUCGCCGUGCCGCAUGACGUUCAAGGCCUCAUCUGUCUUUUUGGCUCUCGGGACAUCUUUUCUGCUCGUUUGGACUACAUGUUUGAGACAUCGUUCGAUCCAGGCAAUGAACCAAGUUUUCUGUCUCCAUUCUUGUACCUGUGGACCGGUGAAUACAGCAAGACUGUGGACAAGACAUUGCACAUCCUCGGCAAGUAUUAUCACGAUGGACUGGACGGCAUUCCAGGCAAUGAUGACUCUGGUGCGAUGGGUGCCUACUUCUGUUGGCUCAGCAUGGGCUUGUACCCAGUCACGGCAACGAAUUUAUACCUCAUUUCAAGUCCAACUUUCAGACAUGUCGAAAUCAAUGUGGGCAAGGAAGUACUUGCUAUUGAAGCGAGAGACUUGUCCCGUGAGAAUCGCUAUAUACAGCGUGCAACCCUGAAUGGAAAGAAGCUCGACCGCGCUUGGUUCACUCAUGGCGAGAUUGACAAAGGAGCCACCUUGAUUCUCUGGAUGGGUCCUUCGCCAAGCGUUUUCGGAACACUGGUACCGCCUCCGUCUGAUACCACAUCGUGCGAACAAUCUGAAUGAUUCCGUUAUGGCACGGAAUUAGGAAGUUUUGUAUGUCUGCUAUACAAAGUGAGCACGGUCUUCCAGGUGGCGAAAA